AUGGCCAAGCGUCAGACCAUGCAGUGGGACGCCAACGUCCACGAGGACAUCCUCAUCUGCAUGUUCCAGCACCUGAAGCUGAGCAACGAGGAUUGGACCAGUGUCAUGGCCGAGUUGCAGAAGCUGGGGUACACAUUUACUGAAAGUGCUCUUCGCCAGCACGUCCAAAAGCUUCGCAAGAACCGCGACACCAACGCCACCAACGCCCUCACUGCCAUCCAGUCUGCCGGCGCCGGCUCGGCCACGACCACCCCUCGCAAGAAAGCCACUACCACUCCCCGCAAGCGCAAGAACGCCAAGAACACCCCUGCCGAUGAUGACGACGUCGAGGACGAAAAGAUGAAGCUCAAGCAGGAGAACGACGACGAAGGAGGUGAUGAACUCGUCUCUCCUUCGCCCAUGAAGCGCGCCAAGAGAACCCCCAAGUAA